CAUUUAAUCAUCUCCUACUACACGAACACACACUUACAUCAAAACCAAUUACACACACACAGACAUACACAACAGUGAGAGAUGGAAAUUCUGUCGGCGCCAUGGCGAGCUAUAAAGCAUUGCUCCAUCCCGUAAUGUCUUGCUGCCUUCCGGUAUUUAAUCUUCCACCCCCGUCCCAAAAACACCGCUAAUUUCCUUACCGCGAAGAUUCCCCUUUACCCAACGCCCGAACGAAUGACAGGUAGCGGCGGGCAGGUUGAUUGCAUAGGCGCACAGGCGCUUGUGUACCGUCCGCACAACUGUCAGAUGGCAGGCCGUAUCCUUGCUGCGAGAGCAAAAAUCCUCCCAACACACGCACACACUGGCACAUCACUGGCAACUGCUCUGAUGAGAGCGCACAGAAGAGAGCGAUUUUCCCUGACCACGGGAGACCGAGGAAGCAAAAACCCCCCCCGUCAGCGACCCUGUUUUCCCGAGCAACCUCCCCCCGAUUUUCGUGGUUGUGUUUGUCCGCUGUCAGUUUGGUUCGCCCGUCGCUACGGGGUAAAAACGUCAGUAUCCUUUCGGCCUUUAGUCUUGCAACGAGUACGAACACGGGCGAGAAAGCGGUUACACAACGAAAAAAACGCACACACACACACGUACACGCUGGUUCCAUUGCAGUGGGCUGGAGACUACGAGCAAGAAUCCUUCGUCCAGCAGAAUCCAGCAUUACGUGGUGCGGUGCUGUGUGUCGAGAAUUGCGUUGCGGGACAACAGUUCAAGAGGACCCGCUGCUUUUCCUUUUUCGAGGGUGAGCUUUGUGAGUGAGACGCAUUGCGUUACGGUGGUUGCUGUGGUUUGCACGUCCAAGUAGCCGUCGCUUCCAACAAGGCAAGAAGAUCCCGUGUGUCUCGCAGCAAGGUUCUUUGCCCUCAAGCCCAACCUCAAACCUAAGACAAGAUGCCCCAGUCCGACGGGGGUUACGUUUCGCUUGGCGGCGGUGGCCCCAACUCGAUCUACAACUCGACCACCGAGCCGCAGUCCGGCUCGAAAUCGGUGAUGGAAACGGUGAAGCGCGUCAUCGGGACGGCCAUCGGGGCGCAGGACAAACACGCGCUGCUGGAACGCGAUGGGACCGGCGCCCAACCGUACAUAGUUAGUGCCAGUACUAAUUUCAGAGAUCGCGACAAAACCGGCAAAUCAGCGAACGCCAGAAUGCCAUCCGCACCAGCACACACUGCCGAGGAAGCUCGCCUGCUUGGAGCGAUGCCGGUCGACCCGAUGGAUGACAUUGAGCUGCGCUCGGUUCAGCUACAGUAUCCCAACCAGCGGGGCUCUAUAGUAGGGGCGUGCGAUCUGCGCCGCGUGCCGACGGACAAGGGCGACAUCCUGGUGGCGGUGCAGGGCGAUACAACGAAGCCGGCGAUUGUGACGUACCACGAUCUGGGAUUGAACUAUGCCUCGAGCUUUGCCGGGUUCUUCAACUUUCCUACGAUGCGCUCGCUGCUGGAUAACUUCUGCGUGUAUCACGUGAACGCACCCGGCCAGGAGGACGGAGCCCCAACGUUCCCGGAAGACUAUGUCUAUCCGACGUUCGACGAGCUGGCCUCGCAGAUGCUGUUUGUGAUGACACACUUUAACUUGAAGUCCAUCAUCGGUUUCGGUGUCGGAGCGGGAGCAAACAUUCUGGCCCGUUUCGCCCUGGCCAAUCCGGAUAAGGUUGGAGCACUCUGCCUUAUCAACUGCAGUUCAACAGCGGCCGGCUGGAUCGAGUGGGGCUAUCAGCUGCUGAAUACGCGUAAUCUGCGCACCAAGGGCAUGACCCAGGGUGUGCUGGACUAUCUGAUGUGGCAUCAUUUCGGCCGGAAUCCAGAGGAGCGCAAUCUGGAUUUGGUACAGCUGUACAAGAGCAACUUUGAGCGCUCGAUAAAUCCGGUUAACCUGGCCAUGCUGAUUGAUGCUUACAUUAAGCGUACGGAUUUGAACAUUGCCCGAACACCUUCCGGCUCACCACAAACUUCUGCCCCAUCACUGAAGAUGCCCGUGUUAAAUAUUACUGGCGCAUUAUCGCCCCACAUCGAUGAUACAGUAACGUUCAACGGUAGACUAAUCCCGGAGAAGACUAAUUGGAUGAAGAUUUCCGACUGCGGUCUCGUACUGGAGGAGCAACCGGGCAAGCUGGCCGAAGCGUUCCGACUGUUCCUGCAGGGUGAAGGCUACGCACCAACAUUUUCACCGCAUGCUAAAUACCAUACUACCACUGCUACUGCUGCUACUGCUGCUGCAUCAACUGCAAUCAACCGCCACAACAACAACAACAACAACAACAACCACAACAACGUUAACAACAAUGAACCGGUGUCGUGUCAUAACCACAAUCAAGAGUUCGACAAGCUAAACGGGAACGUGCUGGCGGCGGGCGGCGGCGGCGGUGGUGGCGGCGGCGGUGGCGGUGGUGGCGGUAGCGCAGAUCAGCUGCAAACCAGCAACGGCAACGGCGGCGGUGGCAUCAGCGGCAUCACAGCAACGGCCAACAUUUCCAGCACCGGCAGUGCCUGUAUCGGCGCCAGCGGCGCCAUCUACGAGCGGGCGAAGAACGGUGCGAUCCGGAUAACCGAGAAUCCGCUGCCCGAGAACGUGGCGUGCUAGAAAAGAGACAUAUCGGGUCGGGUGGACCGACCGGCGAUGCGGAUCAUUGCGAACGUGCGGGACAGCUGGGUAGCAGGGGAGCGGGCCGAUGUUGCCAAGGGACGGGGGGUGGAAGAGGGGGGCGGUGUGGCGGACGGAGAGGCCGAGGAGGAUGAGGUGUGGACGAACCGACGGUAUCGAAUAGAGAAAGUUAUGCUGAAUGCAAUAUUUUCUAUGCAAUUUUAAGUGAGCGUAGGGACGGGCUGGAAAUGGCAGACAAGAAAGGAGAUUCUAACAAACGAACGAAAAAAAGAGAAAACCCACAAAACUUAUCAAACGCUUCUACGAGCUUCGGCUUUAUCCAACGAAACUGAGAGCAAAUUUGUAAGGGAAGGUAACGUCAAAAAAAAAGUUCUAAAAUGCAUGGAAUGUAAACAGCAAAAGCAAUAACGAUACAAUUGGUGAUUAAUUUCGUUGCCAUUUUCUCCAACACGGCUCUUCUUGCGAGAGGAUUAAAAUGACCAACAAGAAUCCAAUAUCAAAUUCUUAUUCGUAAUACGCUCCAAGAGCUGUUCUGUUAUGGGCGCCCUACUUUUUACUUUGUUAGUAGUAGCUGCUAAAGCGAAGCACUGCAAAAUCGAUUGGAAAAGGCAAAGACAAAAAAAAACACAAUUCAAUCGCUAAAACCAGAAAAGAAGCAAACCAAUGGCGCAAAAGAGAUGUACAUUUUGUAGAAAAAAAAAACAAAACAGAAACAGAAGCAUAAACUAUGUAACUAGGUCUAGAGCAGACAGAACAGCAGGCCAACACCAUACUGUGAAACAGGAAAACGCUAAAGAAGAUGCGCUAAGCGCGUCAAAUAAAAGAAAUGAAAAAUGAAAUAAAAACAGAUGUAUAGAAUGUGGAGAAAAAAAACAUGGAAAUGAUGAAGGAAAUGUGAAAGCUUUUGCAAAAAGUAAAACGAAAUAAAGUAAAACAAAAAAAACGACCGAAAUGUGGGGAAAAAACCCAAACACGCAAACACCCUAAAAACCAAACCCGAUAUUCAGGCAAAAAUGUAUGGCAGUUGCUGUGAGGCGUGAGAUGCAUAUCGUUAAAACGGACUAAGCUAAAAGCCGAAGGAGUAAUCUUAUUAGCAUACACUAGAUAACCGCCGUCUGCCGCACGCGAGAAGACAGCCACUAAUAUAGCUUAAGGAUAAACGAACUAAAUAACUAAAAACAAAGGAGAAAAAAUAUCACACAAAAACACAAAAAACACGAACCGUUGUGCAGUGAAACAAGGUCCAUGUGCUUACAAGAAAAAAAAAAGAAAAUAUGAAACAGCUCGUACAAGGUUUUUCUGUUGCAAUACUGAGAUCGAUUUUGGUUGCAAACAAAUAUGGCUUAAUUGAACGUUUGAACCCGAAUCUGUACACGGACCCUUUACACAUCCUCCCCCUCGAUACGUUUAUAUGAUUAACGUACUAAAUGUCAACGUCCCUCGAUACGUUAGAAAAUCCUUUGAUUGAACGAGUGCACUACAUUCCCCACGUGGCCUGGGAAAGUGCUACAAAACGGUAAAAUAUAAACUGCCAUAGUUUACGUCUUACUCCCUCUCACUUUUUUAAUCGCUUUUCACAAAAGACCAAACGAAACGAUGAAAUACAUUUAAUAAAAAGAAACACAGCCCACAAGCAUACGAGCAAAACGAAACACGCAACGAGACGCCGAGCAACGAGGCUAGAUGGGGGCCCGAUUGUAGCACUACUCACAUGACAGAAGCAAGUGACGGAAUAGUAGCGGACCUACGCCAAUGUGCUACUUGUUGUGGACACUGCACGUGGACGGGGUUGAUUGUUAGUUAGAUAGGCAUGAAAGCUAAUGAUGCAAUAUGAUGAUAUGCAUACUACUAUUUGUGGGAUUCAAAGCAUUAAAAUUGAUCUUUUUAUUUUAAUUGAUGUUGUAUAAAUUCCAUACUAUAUUAAGUAAUUUAACAUGAAGGGUACGAUUGAUUACCACUUUUAUAAUCAAUAUGUUGUAACGUCAUCAUAUUUGUGUAAUCUGGCAUAGUUUUUAGUGACUUUUUUACCUACUGUGUUGUGCUGUAUUUCCGUUAUUCGUUAAAAAUGGAUUAAAUGAUUUAAUUCAUUUCAAAUUAAUUUUAAAAAUGUUAUUGUAACACUUGUUUGUCAACUAUCGUAUAGUUUACAGUUUCAUGCAUAUAGUUGCCGGCCUGGCCCGGUACGCGGUGUAAAACGGAGAAAUCAAAGCAAAUUGUUACUCUAGACGAGGAAACCAGACUAGUGAAGCAUACUAAGGGCAAAUCUUAUUCUGUAGUGAUGUUGACAGUGACUCUAAACUGCUGUAAGUUAUUAUUAAAACAUAUUAAACCGCGCUAGCAAACGCCACCAAACACACACGCACACACUUGUUGCAAAUUUGGAUGUGAACAGUGAUUUCCAUUAUGGAGUGUGUCGAAACGCGGGCCGGCCAUUGGUGAAAGGAUGUUUCAGAUUAAUGAUAGUUUUUGUUUCAGUUUUCAUUUCCAAUAUACUAAGUACAUAGAGAUGUACUGUUUUGUAUUUUUUAAAUUAAUGUUUACGUUGUAUAGACCUGUUAAUCAAUUUAAAAUUAAUUUAAGUCGAUUUGAUACAAUUUUAUUUAAAUUUUUUGUUACUUUUCAGUACCUACUUUCGUUUUUACCAUCGUUUUCACUCAUAUGGCCUAGAUAAGCGGAAACGUAAAAAAAACAACCGAAACUACGUAGUCAUAGAAACACUUACUAUCUGUAGAUACUUUUCAUGUACUAGCUUGCCCACUAACUAGGCUCCUUUUCUUCUCUUCAACACCCCCAUCCCGUUAAACAAAAACUGUGUAUUGAAAGCUUGCAGAAAAGCUUCCGAAACGCAAAGCACGAACACAAGUCCGGACUAGAAAAGACAAAAAAACCAAAAACAUUCCAAAACCGUGCUAGGAAAGGAACAGAUAGAUCACCUACAAAUUAAAGCUAAAAAGUCAGUUACAGCGUACCGUGUAGCUAAUGUUACUUUGUGGCAAUAUGGCCAACGUCCCCCUUUCAACUGUCGAUAAAAAAAGGAAGAAGCUGGCGGUUACAAACACUUAAACAAAGGAAUGCGAUUAAUUAGGCAUGCACGUUCAAACCAUGCUAAUAAAAGCUCCUGGCGAUGCUUAUUCUCGACUUGAUUCUACGCGUUUCGUGUCUGUUGACAUCGAAAUGUCAUCAUUGGUGUGUUGUUUUUGUUUAGUUUCGUUUUAGCAGAUGGUUUUAAUUUUGCAAAACAAACAGAGAAGAAUAAACGUAUAAAAUACCAAACAAACCAACUGCAGAACAAUAUUUCGUACAAUACCACACUCCGUAUUAGCACUAUAGCUUUAGCCAGAUGCGACUGAGCGCAAGGAACGAUCUACUAGAGACAUCCGGCUAGAAAGAAAAGCCUUUUGUGAUAAGGAGCAGACACGGUUCUCAGCAAAAAUCCAUCACGGGUGCAUAGCAAAAAAACAAACAAAAAACGCAGCAAACUGAUGCAGAAGCUACUACAUGAUGCAGUUAAGGCAAUGAAUUGAGGCGACAUAACACAACACUAAAUGCAAGCUAAACUGUAUAGCUAUGCGUGAACAUUCACGGACAUACAUAUGCGGGAAGGGUGGCCGAAACAGCCGUGCGAUUCAUUUAUCACUUGAGUGCCUAAUCAUUGAUUAUUGAAAUUGGAUGAACAUGAUAGAAGUCUCUAAACGCGAUGUCGGCGCGCCGCUGGUGAUAGAUUUUUUCGAAAAGCCCUUUUACUUGCAAAUUUCUUGCAAAACGCACUGCAACUAUGUUCUUCUACCCGUGAGGAUGGCGGUUAGGCUGCCGGAAGAGGAUUUAGCUUACAGCAAACUUAAACACUUUCCGCGUAGCAUUAAUAAACAUUCGGAGGUUUUGGAAUGUGGUGGCUCCAUCUUUUGCAUAUUGCCGUUUAGUUUAAACCGACUGUUUCCGUUGUCAUGUGUUUGUUUGUGAUAAGCUGGAAAAUGAUAAAUAAAAUCGAAGAUAAAAUUAAAAUUUUAGACGAAGGAAGAAAGUAAGUAGGCUAGUAGAAUGCAGCAACGGAACCGAGUUUUGGGGGGGGGGCAACUUAUAUCCAUGAGCUAAUAGCUACUAAUAACUACACUUUUGCUGCUACGCACCGGCUAGCUUACCGAAAGGAUCGAAUCAAAGCAUGCCGGUGGGCGGACCAUAAACCUCCGCCUCCGGCAGAAGGCAAUUGCUUGCAGCAACUCAUCAACCAAUACGAACAAACAAAAAAACAACCCUUGCGCCAUGUUGCCGCCAUAUAGUAGAACAAAAACAAACUAGUAGAACGGUUAAACACACAGCCACACAUUAAUGCAACACAGCAGAGGGCAGAGAUUGUCAAUGGAGUAGCUAAGCAUGGCUGCAAACAGAAAGGUAAGCGAUAGCUGGAAAGAGCGGAUUUACGGAUGGAAGCAAAAGCGUGUUUAAAAUGCCCCGCAAAGAAAAGAAGAAGCAAGCAGUCACAAUAAUGCAAACCAAAAUGAAUAUACUAAUGAGCGAAAACAAAAAACCAACAACAAACAAAACGAAAUGAAUGAAUAAAACUAAACCAAAGUUCUUGUAUGGCAAAAGAACUAAUAAAAAGUAA